AUGACAUCGAUAUCAUUCCGUGGCAAAAACGACGGGCUCCAGGUCGGAGAUAACUAUGGCUCACUCACAGCAGAGUUCCAUCUGCCUCCAAUGCGAACGGAAACUCCUAGCCCCCAAGACAAAGAAUGUUUAAAAGCACUCUUUCUCACCGACCCCGAAGAAGAUAGAGCCGCUCUCAAAAGAAAAAGAGGUGAUCGGGCCCAGGGCACCUGCGAAUGGAUUCUGGAAACAGAUGAAAUCAUCCAAUGGUUGAAAGGAGCAAAUGAUAUACACUCCAAUAUUUUGUGGUUGUAUGGGAAUCCUGGAACUGGGAAGUCCACCAUGGCUAUCACACUCGCAGAGGAGAUACCGAAACAACAGGAUUUUGUCAAUGAUGACAGGAUACUGGCAUAUUUCUUUUGUGACUCCGCCCACGAGACACGAAGAACGGUGACUGCAAUACUACGGGGACUACUCUACCAAUUUCAAAAACAGCGCCCGCAUUUCUUGGAGCACUUUCUAGCGAAGUUUUCGGAGCGGGGAGAAAGUAUAUUUGAUUCGUUUGAUGCUUUGUGGUCUAUUUUCACACAAAUCAUCGACGACAAAUUGACUGGCCACAAGUACUGCGUAAUUGACGCCUUGGAUGAAUGCGAUGACAAUUCACAACACAUUUUUCUCACACAGCUUGACCACUAUUACCGCGAAACUCCGAAGGAGCAUGAGAAUAAACUGCAUAUACUGAUUACGAGUCGACCCUAUCCUGAAAUCUAUGAGCAUCUUCGAUUUUUCAGGCACAAGGAUCUUAGUCAAUACCAUCAGAGAAAGCAAGACAUCAAACAGAUGAUCAGCGAAAAAGUACAGAACUUGAAGCAGAAAAAGACAUACACCAAAAGCAUCGAGCAGGAAGUGACUCGAAUUCUUCUGGAUAAAGCAGAAGGGACAUUCCUGUGGAUUGGAAUCGCCUGUCAGGAACUGUCAAAGAUUCGCUCAAGAGACGCGGUCAAAACGCUCCAAAACCUGCCUCGAGGCCUUGAUUCUCUUUACAGGGAACUGCUUAAUAACGCCAUUCAACAAAAUCGGGACGAGGAAGGAAAGAUUAAUGAGAUCCUCCAUUUCGUUGCCGUGGCUCAAACAACAAUGACUGUGUCCAUGUUAUCACAGGCAUGCCGGUCCUACGAGGAUGAGCCAGAUGAAGAACGUAUCACCUUCUUUCGAGAGGACAUUGAGAUGUGUCGAUUGAUGGUGAUCAUUGAGGGCAAUUUCGUCCGGCUUUUACACAAGUCGGUCAAGGACUUUCUGCUCAAAAUGGAGUGUGAAGGCCUUACGCAAAAUCUCAAGGCACAUGCAACCCUUUCAUAUCGCUGCAUCAGUUAUCUAAUCAAAUGUGAUUUGAACGGUGAAGCAGCUGACCAAGGAUUUCUUGACUACGCUGUUGAAUUCUGGCCAGAGCAUGCCCAUUUGGCCAACACGGAAUUCUCUAUCCUGGAUGAGCACAGAGUGUUCUACGAAAAUUCAUCGAGCCAAUGGGAUAGAUGGAACGAAUCCUAUGAGAAACUCAUAUGGUUAGAAGACUCAGACCUAGAUACUGCUAGCUUUACCAUCUUUCACGCUGCAGCUGAAUGGGACGUUGAAGCCCUGGCAAGAAUUGGACUAGAAAUGCUUGGGAACAAGACAAUGGGAUCUCGUUCGGUUAAGUAUGACGAUUGGGAAUUUCAAGGGUCCCGUGAAGGAACACCCUUGAGGAUCGCAGCACGCCGUGGAAAUACUAAGAUCAUGGAUAUGCUGUUGGCGCGCGCUGAUAAAACGAUGGAAAUACACACCGGAGUCAUAUCUGAGGCGGUGAUAAACGUCGCUAGCGGGGCUGGUAUUCUACAGCUUCUUUCGGAUCACGCGGGAUGCAGCAUCGAGAUUACAGAGAGCAUUUUGGAGCUUGCAGCACAGAACAGAAGAUGUGGAUAUGAGAUUUUCAAAAUCAUCCUCAGCCAAUACGGAGACAGCAUUCGUCCUCGUAUAUCAGAAAGUGUCAUGAAGCUCGCUGCGGCCAAUCCAAUGUUAGGGAGCAAGCUGGUGGAGCUGAUUGCAGAAAGAUUUCCCGGCAUCCUGAACACUUUGACAACCCUCGGAGUCUUCGAAUCUGCGAUUUUCAAUGACCAGCAGAACCUGAAGGUCGUUUCCUCAUUACUUACUCACACUAGUGAGUUAAUGGUCCCGGAGCAGAUCGUGGAGACUGCAAUACGUACCAGGCACAGUACUAGGGAUAUUACACUUUUGCUAUUCUCCCAUGCAGACCGAGCGAGUGUCCUCACAGAGAGGCUUAUCUUGACUGCUGCAUCCCAUAGCACUCAACUAUGCCAAGACCUGAUUAAGAUAACUCUAGAAGACGCCACGGCGUCUCAGAUUCCAACUGAAUUAGAGCAUCUAAUUGUUCGUUGGUGCGAUGUGAAAUUAAUCAAUCUUUUUCUGCGUGUAAUGGACAGCCGAAUUGCCAUCUCUAAGAGCAUGAUAGAGGCAGCAAGAGAUGAAGAUGUCAAGAAGAUCCUUGAAGCCCGGAUGGAUACCCAAUGCCAGUCAACCAAAUUGAGCACUCUAGCAGCCGAGGAUCACACCGUUCCAUCCUUUCACCGCUAUUUCAUCAGACAAAUCGGUGUUCUGAAAGACCAUACUGAUGAGGUAUUCAGUUCUGCUUUCUCACCAGAUGGUUCUAAAUUUGCCUCCGGUGGUCGGGACAAAGUGGUACGAGUGUAUCGCUGCAUGGGGUUCAUGUCUCUCGGUCAAUUGAUCGGCCAUGAACAUUUUAUUACGUGCCUGGGAUGGAGUCCCGACAGCAAGAAAUUGGUCAGUGGUUCGUCAGACGGAAGCAUUCGAAUAUGGGAUACAGAGGUGAGACACAAAUAG